AUGAAUGUCUCCGAUCCUGUCGACCAGGCCGAGAUCGCCAAGUCCAAGGCCAUCGCCCACGACAUCGUGGACGAGAAACACAACCUCGCCGUCAGUGAGAAGCAGGACCUCAGCAUUGAGGCUGCUCCACAAUCCUUUAUCGGUGACGACGAUGACUUGAAAACAAUCCCAACCGACGAGGAGUUGGCUACCCUACGACGUGUCUCUGGAAAGCUUCCCUGGCAGACUUUUACCGUCGCUUUCGUCGAGUUGUGCGAACGUUUUUCCUACUAUGGAACCACGGCAGUUUUCGUCAACUUCAUUCAGCGACCGUUACCACCAGGCUCCACUUCCGGCGCUCUCACGACUGACUUCUCCAAUGGUGUCCCAGGUGCUCUGGGCAUGGGGCAACGUGCCUCGACUGGAUUGACUUUGUUCAAUCAGUUUUGGUCCUACAUUAUGCCCCUCGCUGGUGCUUGGGUGGCUGAUCAAUACUGGGGUCGUUUCCGCACCAUCUUCGCCUCCAUUGCCUGCGCUCUAGUCGGCCAUACUAUCCUGAUCAUCUCAGCCAUUCCACAGGUCAUCUCUAGGCCUGGUGGCUCGAUUGGUGCUUUCUCUAUUGGACUUGUCAUCAUGGGCAUCGGAACCGGUGGUUUCAAAUCCAACAUCUCCCCCCUGAUCGCAGAGCAAUAUCCCGAUGAGAAGCCUUACAUCAAGACCUUGAAGAGUGGCGAGCGCGUGAUUGUCGACCCUGCUGCGACUAUUGCUCGCAUCUAUCUGUACUUCUACCUUAUGAUCAAUAUCGGCUCUCUGACUGGUCAGAUCAGCAUGGUUUAUGCAGAGCGCUACAUCGGCUUCUGGCUAUCUUACCUGCUUCCCACAUGCAUGUUCUGCGUCUGCCCACUCGUGCUAAUCCUUUGCCGCAAGAACUACAACCUCGUUCAACCCACUGGCUCUGUCUACGGAAAGGCAUUCCGUCUCUGGAGACUCGCAAUGAAGGGUCGCUGGAGCUGGAACCCUAUCAAUUGGUUCAAGAGCAACAGCAGCGGUAACGACCGUGAGUUCUGGGACCAUGUUAAGCCAAGCCGACUGGGUGAUAACAAGCCGGUGUGGAUGACCUUUGAUGAUGCGUGGGUGGAUGAGGUGCGCCGUGGUCUCAAGGCUUGCCAAGUUUUCCUCUGGUAUCCGCUGUACUGGCUGGCAUACAACCAGAUGCUGAACAACUUGACCUCCCAAGCCGCAACCAUGAGACUCGGCGGUGUCCCCAACGAUAUCGUCAACAACCUCAACCCAUUUGCUUUGAUCAUCUUUAUUCCCAUCAUGGACCGCUUCGUUUACCCAGGUCUUCGCAGAAUGGGAUUCAACUUCACCCCACUCAAGCGAAUCACAGCUGGUUUCUUUGCCGCCGGACUUGGUAUGAUCGUUGCAACUGUGACCCAGUACUAUAUUUACAAGGUCGGACCUUGCGGGAAGGAAGCCAACUACUGCCUGGAAGUGGAGGGCAAGUACAGCGACAUCUCAGUGUGGGUUCAGGCACUCACCUACAUUCUCGGUGGUCUCUCCGAGAUUUUCGCGUCCGUGACAUCCCUUGAAUACGCCUUCACCAAAGCCCCCAAGAAUAUGCGUUCUCUCGUCCAAGCCGUGGCACUUUUCAUGAACGCAAUUUCUGCCGCUAUCGGACAGGCAAUGGUUGGACUCUCUGCCGAUCCUCUGCUGGUUUGGAACUAUGCUCUUACCGCAAUUCUUGCGUUUAUCGGCUGCGCUGGCUUCUGGCUGACCAACUACAAAUUGGAUCGCGAGGAAGAUGAGCUCAACAUGCUGCCUACUGGCAGAGGAUUUGAGGAAAGGGCUGAGGAAGAUGCGGAGAGAAGGUAG